AUGUCGGAAUUGUCGACUACAUCAAGUUUCUCGGUGGUUGAUGGCGAAGAAAGAGACCUCACUAUAGACUCAAACGAAUUUGAUAACUCUUCUGUGGUUUCCGAAACAGGCACAGUCGAUGUUCUUGACAGAACGGUCAAUGAACAGGUAAUUACAUCAAUUUGGUUCAAUUUUUUGGAUUGCUGUAUUACUUUAGGUAUACUUUAAAAAAGCAAAGUUAGUUUGUUGUUUUGGGAUUUAUGUGAGCUAGAAUGGGCUUUGAAACGAAAUUCGUAUGAAAAAAAAUUAUGAUUUAGUACCCUUGUUUUUUCAGAUGGAAUCCCCACCAGAACUUGACUAUUUACCUUAUCUGACCGAUGAAGAGAAAAAAGAGCUGGCGCAGUAUCCGAAGGUGGGAAAAAAUAGUAUUUUUGUUUGGAAAAGAUGUUUUAUGCCGUACAGGGGAGGGUCUCUGGCAAAAAAACUUGCCAUUUUUCAUUCGGGAAGUAUCAAAAACUCAGCAAAAUACCUCCCUCUGCGAGUGAAAAGACUCCGUUUUGAACAGCUCGCUAUCCCUCACAAAAAUAGCUGACGCGCUUUUGAAAUGGGAGCGUUUUCACUUGCAGAGGAGGUAUUUUGCUGCGUUUUCGGUACUUCCCGGGUGCAACAUGGUACGUUUUUUGUCACUGGAUCAGGUCCGCUCCGUAACUAAGUAAUUUCGGUUAUUUUUAGCGGUUUGUAGUUACGGAGUGCCGUGUGGUGAUGGGCCAAGGAACAUAUCGGAAAGUGUUUGGCGAUUCAAACCAAUUUUGCUUGGAGGUGUCUCUUUCUGGAGAAGUCCGUGUAUUUGUUCAUUAUAACGGCGAUCUGGUGAAUUUUCGUGCUGAAUACGAAAUCCAGAUCACUGGAGAUGGAUGUGAAUAUGAUUUUUAUAUUGGAAACGCCAGGAAGUCGUGGGAGGCGGAAAUCGAACUCAAGUGCCAAGACUUUGAUGUGUUGAACAUACUUUUCUACGGCAGGAUUACUCAAAGAGUACAUGAAGGAAGGCAAUGGACUUUGGGCUUUGUGAAUGGGCCAUACUUCUACGAACUCGGCGACUUUGUUGUAAAACUAAAGGAUGGUGAAACCAAGGUUUGCAUUUUUUUCGAUGAAGCGUGUCGUAAUUCUUUUUGGGAAAGCUCUUAAUUUAGGGCCAAGAUAAUUCAUGGGAAACGGCGUUAGGGAAAUCAAAAAAGUCUUUGCAUUGUUGCAUACAGUGACGGACCUGAUCCAGUGGCAAAAAACGUACCAUUUUGCUUCCGGGAAGUAUCGGAAAAUGUAGUAAAAGCCUCCGUCUCCAACUAUUAGGUUGGCUAAUAAGUUCUUGAAAUUUUUUUCUCUCUAUCACCACGGUCUUUUUGGACAGUUUAGCAAGGACAGCAAUAUAUAACUUGUAGUAGAGCUUGAGUACUGUCAAGUAGAGAGGCAACCAGGUCACAGCCUUUGCCAAGGUUUUAUAACUGCAUGUUGAAAAAGAUCAUAUUUUGAGGUGGUUUCUUCUACAGCGCUUAAAGAGGUCUGACACCAACCGGUUCUAUAGCCCAACUAAACAGAGUAUAAGGCCUGAACAUCGUUAACAAUGCCACGGUAGUGUACUGGUCCUAAAGGCUCACUAACGGCGACUAUGACUUUAGUUCAUAAUAAGACCGCGGGACCAUUUUGAAGAUAGUUAAGGAUUGCUAUUGAAGCUUGUGCGAAUUAAUACACAGAGCAGCUUUACGUGUAUCGUAUGACGCAAAAACAUUUCCAUCUUUUGUACACAAUAUGAAGAUAUGACCAAAUUUAUCAUUAGGGCUUGACCGGUUUUCAACAGUGAGUCCAUCUAAAAAAUGCUGCCUUUUAGCCAAACAUAUAUCUCAGUAGCCCAACUAGUGCUCGUUAAUGAGAAGUAUGUCGUGUAUUAUAACCAUGUAUACAAAAGCCAAUGACUUGACGUGCAGGAUUCUGAAGUUCAGAUCCAAGAAACAGUCCAUCUCCAGGAGGGUAUUUUUGAGUCGCUCUUGGAAUUGUCAUAGGCCUACGCUCUUGCCGUUAUUACCAAAUGGUAACACAGUUACGAAAGGUGUUUAUACAUGCUACCUUGGCCAGCUGCCGGCAGCGGGCGAAAAGAAAACCGCCGUUUGGGAUACCGGGACGACGCGUAAAGCCAUGCGCCACAAAGAUGUUAGUAAAAAGUUUCUAAACAUUUCGAAUGGGAUCCACUUCCCCGACAGUUUUACAGCUUGAGCAUCGGCGACUAUAACAGACAUCAGUUCCAUAAACUAGCGCACUGUCUUCAGGGCAGAAACUUUAAUACAUUUGAACAUCCAAAAAGUGACUCCAUAAACAGAUUUUAAGCCUAACUCCUUUGAUAUGCCUGCUGAAGUCGUCGCUCAGCAUUGGUAUUGUAGGGACUAUGUGACAGUUACUAAGCAUGGGUAUAGCAGUUAUUGUUUGUCAAACGCGAAAAAGUUUUGGCACAAAGAAGAAAUCGUAAAAAAUUUCAAGAACUUAUUAGCCAACCUAAUAUAAAAACUCCGUUUUGAAGGGCGCGCCCUAUGAGCUUUUGAAAUCGGAGUUUUUUUUCAGUUGAAGAGGAGGUAUUUUGCUGCGUUUUUGAUACCUCCCGGAUGCAAAAUGGUGCAUUUUUGCCAUUGGAUCAGGUCGUCACUGUGUGCAACAUUUCGAAGUUAGAAGCUUUCUGAUUCCCCUCGAAAUUGGCUAGUCAAUAAAGCGAAGCUUUGGGGUUUUCUCCGAUCCCCUUUUUUACUCAACGGCACACUGCGCUCGUUGUGACGCUGAACAUUUCACUUUGCAGGUGUCGCGAGCAAUCCUGGCGGAGUUUUUCCCCUACUUCCGGGCAUUUUUUGACAGAUACCCUGAGGACAAACAGGUUUCGUUCCCAAAUCUAGGCGUCGACGAAUUCAAGAAACUCAUGAAGUGUGUGGUGACGCAAGUUCCCUUUGAUCAUCCUAUGACAGAAGCAUGGUUCAAGUUGUUUAAAUUUCUGGGACCAGUAAUGCUGAUUGUAAGGCGCCAACGUUGCCUCAAAUUUUAUGGUGUUGUUUAGGCGGAUGUGGAUUGCCACUUCUUUUUCCAUGGUUGGGUUGCUGAAAUUUGUGAACUCGCCAUAUUGGCUGACCGUUACGACUAUCCUGUGAUGAAAGCAAUUUUGCCGAAGCUGAUUAGAUCCGUCUGGAAUCAGAAAUUCAAGGACCACACCGAGCUCAUCAUGAAGAACGCCGAGUUUUUUAUUAGGAUCAUGGCAUCGCAUUGA